AUGGAAGCCCGCAAGGUCCCGGCACGGAAAGACCACAGGAUAAUCAUCCACUUCGACUACGACUGUUUCUAUGCCUCAGUCUUCGAAGCGAAGAAUCCAGCCCUGCGAAGCCUGCCAUUUGCUGUCCAGCAGAAGCAGAUCAUUGUGACCUGCAACUAUGAAGCACGUCGCCGAGGCCUGCACAAGUUGCAGCUGAUUAAAGAUGCAAGACGCACAUGUCCUGAGGUCAUUAUCGAGCUGGGAGAGGAUAUCAGCAGGUUCAGAGAUGCCAGUAAAGAGCUGUAUGGCUUCAUCAAGAGCUUCUCGUGGAAUGACAAAAUUGAGCGACUGGGUUUUGAUGAAGUAUGGAUGGAUGUCACGGACAUGGUGGAAUGGAACAUGAGCUGUUUGAACAGGAACAACCUCCACGAGUCAUUCUUUCAGAUCUCGAAAGAUGAUCCGACUGUAGGCUUCUCGUUUGAUGCAACAGCCAUCGCCGGCCAUCCAUAUCCUAAGGACUAUGCGUUUGAAUCUGAUCAAACCCCGGACGACCUUACGUUGCGUUUCCGGCUUGGAAGUCAUGUAGCAAUGUACCUUCGCCACCAGUUGGAGCAGCAGAGAGGAUAUACCUCUACUGUUGGUAUUGCGACGUCCAAGCUGUUAGCAAAAUUGGCCGGUAAUCUCAACAAGCCCAAAGGCCAAACGACGGUAAUGCCACCACUUGUCAGUCUGGACGGUGAAUCCAGCAACGUCACGAAGUUUAUGGACGAUCACGAAAUUGGUAAAGUUCCUGGCGUUGGCUUCAAGCUCGCACAGAAACUGCGAGAGUUCUACUUGCAAAGACCUGCAGAGUUCGAUUCUGGACUUGUUUACGGCGGGACGAAAGAACGUGUUACCGUUGCCGACUUGCGCAGUCAUCCAGAGGUCAACUCCGAGAUUCUGGAGAAGUUGCUUUCGGGUCCCGGGUCACCUCAUGGUAUCGGCUACAAGAUCUGGUGUCUCUUGCAUGGCGUGGAUGAUUCCGAAGUCAGCUCUGCCAGAGCAGUGCCGCGUCAGAUCAGUAUUGAGGAUAGUUACAUCCGCCUUGAUACUAUGCCGGAGAUCAUCAAGGAACUGACAAUUCUCGCAAAGAGCUUGUUAACUCGCAUGCGGAUUGAUCUGCUGGGCAGCGAAGAUGAUUUCGAGGCCACCAAUGAGGACAGCGAUCUGGAGCACAGCGCGGUUCCAGCUAAGCCUGCUACUACCAUCGGCAAGAAAUGGCUCGCUCACCCUAAGACUCUUCGUCUCACUACUCGGCCGCGACAACCUCUGCAGCCAGACGGCACUCGUGUUCGAUCCUUCAAACGAAUCUCCCAUUCAGCACCACUGCCGAACUUCGUCUUCAGCCUCAACGAGACCAUCGAACGACUCGCAGACAAGCUCGUCAGUGAGGCACUUAUCAGCAUGUUUCGCAAGCUCCACCCGGAGAAAGCAGGCUGGAACCUCAGUCUUGUCAAUCUUGCUGUCACGAACAUGGCGGAAGCUGCUGGGGAAAGCAAGACCGCCAAUGGGCGUGACAUCUCCAACAUGUUCAGGAAGCAGGAGGAUGUGCUCAAGGACUUCCGGGUCACUGAUGACAGUCCACCACCGCUUGUCGGUAAACAAAAGGUAGAUGCGGGAGGGCUGUCUACGGUGCAGCUAAAUGGUAGCAGCUUUCCAGAAGCUGAAAAACAGCAUGAGGUCCUGCCUGCUCAGAGAAACGUCGAGGAAGCUGAAAACGUCAUGUUUGACGCCGAUGAAGAUGAGGAUACUGGCUGGGAUGACGGCGAUGGAGAUGAUGAAAUGGACGAAUGUUGUGGUGAGUGUGGACUGCGAAUGCCUGGAUUUGCCAUGGUGGCUCACAGGCGCUUCCAUGUACAACCCGUCUAG